GCUUGUCUUGUGAACUCGUGAAUGAUCCUACGUUGCUCAAGAUUCAGCGCUUUAGACGGUGUGAGAUGAUUCGCCCAUCUGCGAAAUAGUGCAGGCUGUUUUCACACCACGUUUGGCUGAUGAAUUGCCGCGCCCGCCCCACCUGUUCAACAGCGUAAGUCUUCAGAGGUUGAAACACUUGCGGCCGGAUAGCUUAAAACCAGGAUAAAUUGCAGACGAAAGCCGAUGCCGUGAGUGCGAAAUUUAUCGCUUCAGACGUAUCCUCCGCCCUGCUGCUCUCCGCUUGUUUAGCUCCUCCCCUGCGACAAAUGAGGCACUGCCUUCUGUAUCAAGAAACCUCGGAAAGUGGCAAAGACUGAGGACAUCACUUGAAUGGAGGAACUGGAUACCAUCGUCAGAAUAACAGUGCUUCCCUGUACCACUAAAGCAGCAGGAAUGUCUUACACUUUGUGAGACUUGAAACUAUUGUUAGCUUUGUUUGACACUCGCCUUGCACUGUCUUAACGACCCCGACGUGCAAGAGUUUCCUGGCAGUGGAGGCCGAGAGGCUGGUCCUGAAAUCAAGAAAAAUAGAAAUGGAUACUCAUCUCAGACCAUAAGUCGGUUUACGGAUAGGGCUGCACGAUUUCAGAGUAUUCAACAAGUGCGUGGAACAUUCUCCUAACUUCCCGCCUUGUCUACGCUGGGCAGAAAGGACGUCGGAUGUCAGGACACAGCCGGUCUUGGAUGAUGGAAGAAAAGAUGCGAGUCCUGUCAACGUCAAUGGCUGACCAUCCGAGGAGACUCGAGUAAGGGUAAAGACACGACGUGACAUAGCAAGAUGGAAGGCAAAGCUAUCACGACAGAGAUUAUUCGCGGCGCCAUAAAGGUUGAGGGUCUGGUGCCGGAGGUUUGUGAGGAUAGGAAGAAGACGAUACCCUUGAAACUGGUCACCUGCCUUGAGUUUUCCUUCAAAUGCAUUAAAGAAAUUAACUAUUUGAUUGGCUUCGAAUGUCUCACGAGGCUGCUUCUAGAUAACAACCAGCUCUCAAAAAUUCAAAACCUUUCACAUUUGACAACUCUUACUGAACUAGAUCUUUCAUUCAACAGCAUAGAGAAGAUUGAAGGUCUUGAGACGCUUACAAAUCUGACAGACUUAUCGCUGUAUAAUAACAAAAUUGCACGCCUCGAAGGCCUUGAGACGCUUGAAGAACUCGUUUGUCUGUCUCUGGGAAAUAAUCUUCUUGCAGAUCUGGAAGAUGUUGCGUAUUUUCGACAAUUUCGCAAACUUCGCCUCCUCUGUCUUGACGGGAACCCAAUAUCCAAGGAUCCCGAGUACCGGUUGUUCGUGAUUGCAUUUAUGAGGAACAUAUUGUACCUUGACCACAAGCUUUGCUUUAAGGCGCAGAUAGAACAAGCCAAGGACGAUUAUCAGGAUGAGCUGCAAGAGCUGAAGGAGAAAGAACUUCAGGAAGAGAUUGAUAUCAAGAAUCGUCUAGCCAAAAGAGCUGAAACAGAACUGUACAAGAUGUUGGAACAUAUUCGUGUUGAGGGAGGUGAGCACGCAGAGGACUUUGUUUUGUUGGGCAAUCCGGACGACCAAGAGGACCCGUUCAAAUGCCCAUUAAAACAAAGAGCUCAGAAUAUCCUCAACGCCUGGGACGACCUGCUAGUCAAAGCGAACUUGGUUGGACUAGAUGGACUUUUUGAGCGCAUGCUGGAGGAGGAUCCUGAACACACCAGACUAAUGGAAGUUCCGACUCUUCUUGAAGCUCUUGAUGAGUACAAGGAGAUUCACCGAACUUCUACGGCGGAGCUGAAGACUACCAUUAUCGGCCUGUAUUACAAACAGCAAGAGGAAAUCAAACUUUGGCAGGCAGCUAUGAAAGAGGAUGUUGGAAAAAAAGAUGACGAGAGCAGGGCAAUUGUUAACAGUUUUGAGGAGCUGAAGAAGAAGACAAUUCAAGAAGCAUUUGAGGAUCGUUCUACUGGAGAAGAGAAACUUAAGUCGCUUUUGACGGAGAAUAAUGUAAUGAAGUAUCAACUUAUGGAACUUGAAGUCGUGUGCUUCGAUGAAGUUCAGAACCUGUGGAUGCAAUUUGAGGAAGUAUUCUACGCUAUGAUUGAUGUCAACAAGCAGCACUACGCCAAUUAUUUCGGGGUGCUAAGAAAUGCCGAGAAUAAGGCCGCAGAGACUAUUCUCAUGCAAGCUGCGUCACUGCUGGAAAAGUAUAUCCUCACUGAUAUGGAUGAGGAGGUGGAAUCCGACGAGGCUCGCAUGUUGCUGAAAGAUAAAGACGGGCUAAUUGGUGCCAUCCAAGCAUCCCAUGAUGCGCACACACUUACAAUCGACUCUUGGGAGGACGAGAAGUUGAAAAACGAAGAGCAUACGAGGAAAGUAAUUACUGAGAAUGCCAAAUUCGCUGCCAUCAAGAGAAACCGGGAGCGGAUACAAGAGACUUGGUAUAUUCAUGACAACAAUGUGCAGGAAAUCAACGCCGAGCUUCAUAGGCUACAACGUGCAAGUGUCAUUCUCAGCUCUGGUGAAGGGAACUUUCGUAGCGCGUCCAAACUAAGCAGCAGAAUGGGCAGUUUUGCGGCGGAUCUCAAACGUACCCGCGCCUCCACCAGGAGUCCUCUCAAUUCCAACACCGCCCCCCCGUCACUUCCCACUUGACUCGGACACGUUGCUACUCGUGCCCUUUACCUUGCUCACGUAAGUAUAUCGAUUAGCGCUCUCCUUGUUCCCACUGUUUGUUCAAACUCGCAAGCACUUAAGCAUAUCCUGCCGUUCGGGUUGCGUUCACUUUCGUUGCCCUGAUUGAUUUGUGGGCAACCUAAUAACUUUCGUAAAAGCCCAUUCGUUCCUAGAAUUGUAAAUUAAAAAAAAUUUUAAUUCACAAACAUGCCUCUGCAGCAUACUGGCCCUGAGGUCCGGUCUCCAAUCUUGUCUUUCUUCUUCCAUGAUCUUUUUAGCUGCCCUGUUUACGGCAGCCAUUUGAUCGAGCCAACAUCCCUUAUGUCGCGUUGCCUUCCUUACAUGCAGCUAGAGUUAAUAACAACGCGUUUCACAAAUUUCCUUCCGUUCCUCCGAUUCAACAAAGACCGAAGUGUGCUGCACAGUACUCGUAAUGCACCAUACGUGUAAGGGAGAUUUCAACAAGACGAAAACCCGACCGUUCACCGUGCGAGUGUUGCUGCAGCCUCUCUUAUGUAUCAAUUCUCCGGACUUCCUUCCUCCCAGUGUAUCAUCGGGGAAGAUUCUUCGUCAGGCAAUGCUUCAAUCGCUCAAUCCGUCCAUCCAUCAAUACUUCUGUGUUUGACUCAUCUCAGACAGAAGUCCUAAUGACAACAGUCAACAUCAGUUCGGCCUCGGUAGGAUUGAGCAGGAUCUUCUGAUCUGGUUUCCCCUAUUUGUCUGUUCUGAUCCAUGAGAUCUCUGGAUCAGGUCCUAGUCUCUGUCGGCUGACGAUUUACGGUAUGAAGUUUUAUAUCAAUUCGAAAAUACAAUGAUUUUGGCAACCGAGUCCAUUGAUCUUACGGAAUGCUUGCGUCUCUAUAUUUUUCUCCCAGCUCUCCAUGAAACGUCUGAUCCGUGC